AUGGCCUCUGCUGGCAGUAUGCCUUCAACAGACCAAAGACAAGAUCUGAAAAGCUUACUGGAGUGUUCAAUUUGCCUGGAGACAUUUGACGACCCAAGAACACUGCCUUGUCUGCAUUCGUUUUGUAAAAACUGUUUGGAAAAUUUUGUGGAAGGAAAACCCAAUGAUGAAUUAAACUGCCCUGUGUGCCGUUGGAACUUCACGUUGAACGAAGGUAAAGAUAAUACUUUUGCUUAAAACAUUAUUGAUAAACUAAGGUAUAAUUGUACAUAACAAGGUCUUAAGUUAAGACACAGCAUCAAUCUAAAUAUAUGAAGCAGCCGUGUUGUAUAUAAGAUAUGCGAACACGACCUGAAUUGGAGUGUGUGUUCUUCUUUAAUUAUUGAAUUUAUUACAAGUAUUGUUAGCAUACUAUAUACUAGACUUUCGGGCCUACUCUUAUUAUCAGCAUUUUAUAUAUAUGUAGUGUACGUUAACAGACAGGUAUAUAGAGCCACUAUGUGGAUAUAUCUUUAUACUAUUAAUUCAUAUUAUCAAUUUAUAUAGGAGUGGCAGGAACGAAAAACCACUUUAUUUGUAAUAUGGUGGAAGUGCUGUCUAUACAACAUCAAAACAAAUGUAUACCUUGUUCGCAUUGUGAACAACCAUCCGUGGGUCGUUGCGUAACAUGUGAACUGUUUAUGUGUGAGAAAUGCCUUAAAUUCCACAACGAUUACCCAGGAUUUAAAGACCACGUUGUCUUGACAAUGGAAGAACUAUCGAAGCCAGAGAAUCAAUCGAAGAUUAAAGGAAAAUCAUGUUGCAAAAAACAUCCAAGUAAAAAGUUGAAGCUCUAUUGUGAAACAUGCGAUGAGUUAAUCUGUACGUAUUGUAUGUCCUUUGAACACGUUCGACCUGACCAUGUGUGCUCUCCGCUUGAAGAAAUCGCAGAAAGAAAACGGAAGGAAUUAAAGACAAAGUGUGCAAUUUUACAAAGAACAGUUGCCGAUAAGAACAAAGAAAUUCAAAGUUUGAAAAAAGAUAUUGAAUCGUUGAAUAACAAGUUUGAUAAAGCUCAGCGUCUUACAAACGAAAGGAAAGAACAGUUACUGGGUAGACUUCAAGCAAAAUUGCAGAAAAAAACGAACUUGGUUAUAGAAGACGCACGUCAAAUAUUUGAUCAUAAUACGGGGAUACUAGAACAGAGGAUACACCAAAGAGAAACGUUUGUAAAUCGCGUAAAAGCUUCCACAGACAUGGCUCGUAGUCUGCUCGAAAAUGCGAAUGAUGAAGAAAUUGUUCGUUCUUAUCAAUCUGUUGUUAACAACGACGCAAUUGAGAACGACGUUGAAGAAAAUGAAAAGAAUGAUGAUACUGUUUUAUCUUUAAGUUCUGAUGAAAUUGACACAAUGCUUCUUGCAGAGAUUAAAGAUCUUGUACAGAAUAAAGGUAUCAUGUACAUAGACAUGACUUCUAUAUAAUGGGCGGACCAAGUCAUGCCCAAGGACACUGAACAUACAUAGCACAUACAGCAAAAAUUCUAAAAUACCUAGUAACUAUUGUGAGAAUUUGAUUUUCUAACAGUGCAUGUUUUUCAUACAAAUAUCACAUUUAGGAUUUUGGCACUUACAUGUUAUAUGUUUCUGUUGCAGAUGCUUCGCCACAGCAGGUAGAGAAAGCUGUAACGAGUGAAGAGUUUUGGAACUCGAGUGAAGAAGAAAUGGAGCGUUUUCAGCUUUUGUUCCAGUAUUUCCAGGCAGAUGGUAUUACACCUUACAUGUCUAGAGACACAGUUACUCGAGAUAUGCAGUUUGGUUUUAGUGGUGGCUAUUUCUUAGAUUUCCCCGACAAUUUUCCGAAGAAAAUGCCGACAAUCCGUGCUCCUGAUGGUUCGCGUUAUGAGCUCACUCGUGGGUCCAAUCGUGAUGAAGAUGUUUGUCAAAUGGUGGUACGGAUAGUUGUGGAGUUUCUUCGAAAUCCACCGGCACGUCGUAGAGGCGGACGUACUGGUGGUAGAAGAGGCAAUAAUUACUAA